AUGUUUCCUUCCAGCUUGGAUAUGGGGAUCAUCUUCCUCACUCAGACAGGAAUCGGCCUUGUGGGAAAUUCCUCCCUCCUGUGUCUUUACAACUUCACUUUGAUAAGCGGACGCUACUUGAGGCCCACCGAUUUAAUUCUCAACCAACUGGUGCUGGCCAAUUCCAUUGUUCUGUUCUCUAAAGGUAUACCCCAGACGAUGGCUGCUUUUGGGUGGAAAUAUUUCCUAGAUGAUGUUGGAUGUAAAAUCAUCUUCUAUUUUUAUCGGCUGGCCACAGGAGUGUCCUUCAGCACCAUCUGCCUCUUCAACGGCUUCCAGGCCAUUAAACUUGACCCCAGUAUUUGCAAGUGGAUGGAGCUUAAGGCCAGAUCCCUAAGGUUCAUUGCCUUCUGCUGCUUUAUCUGCUGGGUUCCGCACCUUUUGAUAAAUUCUUGUCUUCCUGUAAUAGUGAGCGGUCCAUUGCAUAAGAAAAAUAGCAGUGUGGAGGAGAAUUAUGGGUACUGUUCUUGGCACCUAAGCGAAGACCUUUUAGAUUCAUUUUACACGCUCCUGUAUUUUUCUCCUGACAUUCUGAGCUUGGGCUUCCUGAUAUGGGCCAGUGGCUCGACUGUCCUCGUCCUGCACAGGCACAAACAGCGAGUCUGGCACAUCCGGCAGCAACGGCCUUCCUCCAGGCCUUCCCACGAGGUCAGAGCCACACACACCAUCCUAAUCCUGGUGAGUUUCUUUGUGACCUUUUAUUCCAUAUAUCUCACUUUGACCAUCUGGAUGACGCUUGUGGCAAACCAAGGCCAGUGGAUGGUGAACACCUCUGUGCUGGUGGCCUCAAGCUUCCCCGCCUUCAGCCCCUUCGUGCUCAUGCUCCGAGACACCAGGAUCGCUCUGCUGUGUUCUGGCUGUGGGGCCAGGAGAGCAGCGCUUCCUGACCCGCCUUCAGGCUCAUGA